UCUCUCCCCCAUCCUCUUUAUAAUCCCCAAUCAUCCAUUUUCCUCCCUUUCUUUUCUGUCUUCUCAACCACCGCAUCCGCCCAUUCCCCGCCGUAUUCCGGCGGCCCCUCCUCUCACUCCUCCGUACAUGCAAUCUGAUCCGUCGCCCCGAUUCGAUUCGGGUAACAGCUAUCCAGAUCCGCUUUCACCUGUCCAGCUUCAACCUCUAGCCUACCCCCCCCCAAAUCCCAAACCCCAAACACCUCCUUUCAUUUCGUAAUUUACCAUUUUUAUUUAUUAUUUAUCUUUUUUUUUAAUCUGAAUUUUCCUUUUCUUUCUUUAAAAUUCUUUUUUGUGAAAUUACAUUUCUACCACUACAAUUCCCCACCCCGACGUUUCCAAAAGGAGCCCAGUACCCUGGUUUUUGCCUUUUGCCCCCGACAACAAAUUUCCAAUUGCCGGUUUUAUCCGCUGGAGGUUUUUCCAUUUCGAAAUUCGUUUGCUGACGUGGCAUGGAGUUUUGAAAAUAAUGCUUAGACGAUGAAUUUCCAGCAAAACCACAGCCGUAGGAUUCUGCCACCUGUCCAGCCCAGAAAGCGAAAGGAGAGCUCAUCGAACGGCUUUAAACAACCGGCUCCGAAGGCUCCAAAGGCUCCAAGCACAACGACGUUUCCAAGGGCUCGGAGCAAAUCUUCGGCUCCAAAGGCUUCUAGCAAAACGACAUCUUCGGCGCCGUCGUCCAAUCGACUUCUGGCCGGCUACAUGGCGUACGAGUUUUUAACCAAGGGCACACUGUUUGGUCAGAAGUUCGACCCGGCUGGAGAUGAGGCAGUUCCGCUGGCGGGGAAGCCGAUCGAAUCCAGACAAGGAGCUGGUACGGGCGCAGCGCAGGAGAGUUACUCUGAGGUGGCGAGCUUACUGAAGACGGAUGGGGCCCACAUUCCGGGGAUUGUAAACCCGACGCAACUGGCGAAAUGGAUUCAGAUGGGACAGUGCUUGUGGUAGGACUAGGAUCCGGUAGGGCGUAGGGUGUUUGCGUGGGGUGGAGACGUGGCACAGCAAGAUUGGAUGGAUGCCGGUUUCGAUCAACGUCAGCUACUGUAGUAGUUGGUAGUAAAAAGAAGUUGGGAGUUCUCGAAGCAAAAGUGCAUGAUUCGUGAAUAUUGAGCGAGUGAGUCUGAAGGUGGCGAGUGAGGAUCGAAACCAAAUCACGCGACCGUGACUCUUUCUCUCUCUAGAUCUCUCUCUCUCUCUCUCUCUCUCUCUAGAAUCUGUUGGUGGUGAUAAUAUUAUCUCUGUGUUUUGUUUUGUUGUUUUUAUUUGUAGGAUGACGAUGAUGAUCAAGCAAUUUAGAGAGAACACCGAAAUGGAUUCCACCCCUUCGAAUUUCGGUGCUUUGUUGUUAGUUAACUUGUUUAAUCUCAUCUAGUUAUGAUUUUGCAUAUAUAUUUUUCCUUCAUUGUUAUUUUUAUUUGGGUUUGUUUU